GUCCGAUUAUUAUGAGUUUCCUGACAGCCGUUUUAUGGCUGAAAAACGUUUCGAGUGUUUAGAACGUAAGCUUAAACGAAACCCAAAGAUGAUGGAAAACGUUACUAAGCAAAUAGAAGAAUACCAGAUGAAAGGAUAUGCCCGUCUCGCCACCGAAGGUGAAAUCAGAAACUCAGAUCCUCGGAAAACCUGGUACCUACCACUCGGCGUUGUAGUAAACCCCAAAAAGCCGGAGAAGAUUCGCAUGGUGUGGGACGCAGCUGCUACGGUUAAAGGUGUCUCGUUGAACAGCAUGCUUUUGAAAGGGCCAGAUCAACUAACAACACUACCCUGGGUCCUCUUCCGUUUCCGACAAUAUGCUGUGGCAGUCUCUGGUGAUAUAUCCGAGAUGUUCCACCAAAUCCGUAUUCGUCCCGAAGAUCAGCAAGCUCAGCGUUUUCUCUGGCGGACCAAUCCAAAUAAAGUUUUCGACGUUUUUGUUAUGCAGGUGGCCACUUUCGGUUCAACUUGCUCCCCAGCAUCUGCUCAAUUCAUAAAGAAUAAGAACGCACGAGAGUUUGCGGAUGUCUAUCCUCGAGCUGUUGAAGGAAUCAUCGACUGCCAUUACGUGGACGACUACGUCGAUAGCUUUGGGACAGAGGAAGAAGCUCAACGAGUUGCUCGAGAAGUCAAGGCCAUUCACGCGCGAGGAGGCUUCAACAUUCGUGGUUGGAGAUCCAAUAGCGUGAAAAUACUCCAAGGACUUGGAGAGGCAACAGAUCCUAAUCCCAAAGAACUAAACACACAGCACGGCAUCAUCGAGAGGGUUCUUGGAAUGCACUGGCUUCCCAAUGAAGAUACUCUGGCAUAUUCCACCAACUUUCAGCCACAAAUAAACGACAUUAUUUCAAACAGAAUGCGGCCAACGAAACGACAAGUACUGAAGUGCUUAAUGAGUGUAUUCGACCCUCUCGGUCUUCUAGCGGCCUUUGUCGUUCAAGGCAAAAUACUUCUCCAAGAUAUUUGGAGAGCCGGUACUCAAUGGGAUGAAGAAAUCAACGACCAAGUAUUCGAAAAAUGGACAAGAUGGAUAGAUCAGUUCCCACUUAUAGCAGACCUCCAGGUUCCAAGAUGCUACUAUCUAGAUGCUACUGAAACACUCUACAAUAAUCUUGAACUGCAUAUAUUUGCCGAUGCAAGCGAAGAUGCUUACGCAGCCGUAGCGUAUUUUCGUAUUUCCAUCAAUAGCAAGGAAUAUAAGUGCACUUUAGUUGCGUCAAAGACGAAGGUAGCUCCUCUACGACAUUGGUCGAUUCCCCGGCUUGAACUCCAAGCUGCUGUAUUAGCUGCGCGACUAGAAACGUUUAUUAAAGAAGGCCAUACAUUGCAAAUACAUCGUACGGUAUUUUGGUCGGAUUCGAGUACAGUACUAGCCUGGAUACGCUCGGACCAUCGAAGAUAUUCGUCGUUUGUGGCAUGUCGAGUAUCUGAAAUAUUAUCUACCACUUCUAUCGCUGAUUGGCGAUGGAUCUCAACGAAGAUGAACGUUGCUGACCUGGCCACAAAAUGGGGACAAGGUGGCCAACUGGAUGUGGAUGGUCCAUGGUUCAACGGACCGGAAUUCUUGAAAGAGGAAGAGGCAGAGUGGCCGCGUCCCAAGUCAAUACAACCAACUGUAGAAGAACAAAAAAUGUGUGGGGUCCAUCAAAGCCUAGAAAUUCCAGAUCCGCUGGUUGAUGUAUCCAGAUUUUCUAAGUGGGAGAGACUGACCAGAGCAAUGGCCUACGUAUUCCGAUAUUUCAACAACUGCAAGAAAACACGUUGCAAGAUCAGUAGUUUGUAUCCCACGCAAUCCGAGUUGAGGCUUGCCGAAGAUUACCUUUUCCGAAUGGUUCAACGAGAAGCUUUUCCAGACGAAGUUCACCAACUACUGGCACAAAUCAGCGAGCCGAAUAAGAAACAGGUCACCGUAGGAAAAGGCAGCAAACUGUAUAAGUUGUCACCUUACCUGGACGAGCACCAAGUUCUGCGAGUCGACGGGCGGAUUGGAGCGGCGGUUAAUGUGGACAACUGCAUCAAGUAUCCAGUGAUUCUCGCGAAACAACACCGUGUCAGCGAUUUGAUCAUCGAUUUUUAUCACCGUAAGUUCCAUCACGCUAAUUUCGAGACCGUGGUGAACGAAUUACGUCAGGUUUACCAUAUCCCACAAAUACGAUCCCGUGUGAAGCAGAUCGUGAAGCGUUGUCAGUACUGUAAAAUCAACAACGCUCGACCUCAAAUUCCAAGGAUGGCUCCUUUACCAGCGGCGAGGUUAGCAACGUGCACACGACCAUUCACUUUCGUUGGGUUGGAUUUGUUUGGUCCACUCCAGGUUAAAGUGGGUAGGAGCUCGGUUAAACGCUGGAUCGCGCUCUUCACCUGUUUAACAGUGCGCGCUGUCCACGUCGAAGUAGUAUUCAACCUAAGUACGGAGUCGUGUAUUAUGGCGGUUCGGAGGUUUGUUGGUAGGCGAGGAUCACCACUAGAAUUCUAUUCAGACAACGGCACCAACUUCCGGGGAGCCGAUAACGUGCUGCAGCAACAAGUGUCCAACAUCGAAGAAGGGCUGGCAUCUACGUUCACCAAUACUGCAACGAAAUGGGUGUUUAUACCACCCGGCACACCACACAUGGGCGGCGCUUGGGAGCGCAUGGUUCGUUCGGUGAAGAAGGCGAUGGAGACGAGCGUGAGCGCGUGUCGAAAACUGAGCGAUGAGGGUCUGUGGACUCUAGCAGUCGAGGCUGAAGGAAUAGUGAAUUCCAGACCGCUUACGUACCUCCCGAUUGAGGCAGCGGAACAAGAAGCUCUUACUCCUAACCAUCUGUUAAUCGGAAGCUCCAACGGUAUCAAGCAGCCGACUGUGGAGCAGGUAGACGAAAAAUUGGCGCUGAAAAAUACUUGGCACCAAAUACAAACUCAAGCGGACACUUUCUGGCGUCGAUGGAUUCGUGAAUACUUGCCGGAUUUGACUCGGCGUACAAAAUGGCAGAGUGAAACUCGACCGAUUUGCGUAGGAGACUUGGUGAUCAUUGUGGAUGAGGCUAGAAGAAAUGGUUGGGUCCGCGGACGUGUUAAUGAGGUAAUUCCAGGGCAAGAUGGGCGUAUAAGAAAGGCGAUUGUUCAAACUCAUAGGGGGCUCACUAGGCAAUCGGUCUCCAAGCUAGCUGUACUUGACGUUGGGGGUGAGGUCUCAAAGUUAGCUGUAUUUGAAGUUGCGACUAAGGGUAACCCGGGAUCAUCCUGACCAGUGUUACGGGGGGGAGGCUGUUGGCAACUGGGAGCACUGCCAACUUUGAAGCGGCGCGACAUUUUCGACGCCAAAUACUAAACUGCAGUUCAGCGGCCAGCCGCGACGCUUUCCCGUUUGACAGCUACGAGUUCCGGGAAAAAACUUACACCACCCAUUCAAGAAGAGUCAAACAGAUAGCUUUAUUUCUAUUCUUCGUGAUUAAAACUAUAUCUACCUAUUUAAACUACAAUUGAAAAAAACUACCUAACCUAAGCUAAAACUAUUGCCGAACCAAGUGCAGUGAAACAAACGAACGAUAACCAGACAGUGGCACGUAAACAGGUUUGUGAAUCCUGCCCUACACGAAAUGUUGUGUUGUGCUAACCUCAAUUUUUCUACGCAUCACUAGCUAGUUUUCAGUGAGACCUUUUCGGAUUCAUCCGGCCCAGUGUAGAGCAUAGUACUGUGCUAAACAACAACGUGUUCCAUCCAGCGCUUUCUAGCUCGACUAUUGUUCCGGCUCUUCCAGCCUAGUUCAUAGAACUUAGCCUUCUCAAGCCGCAUCCAAGUAACAGGUUAAAUAGAAUGUCGCUACAUGCUAAACGAUCAUGCUAACCUUUAUCCUUCUCAGCAGCUCGUGAAUCGUUUCGGCUCAUCCAGCCAAGUUUAUCGAACUUAGCCUUCUCAAGCCGCGUCCGAGUAACAGCUCGUGAAUAGUUCCGGCUCCUCCAGCCAAGUUCCGAGAACUUUGCUCUAUCAAGCCGUGUAACACUAUCAGCCUUGGUCAGCUUUGCCUAGAAUCGUUCCGGUUGUAGGGAAAUCGACUCGAAACACUGAUUUUGUAAGUCAAAUUACUAUAAAACUAAAAUUAUGUCAUCUAACCAAAACUCAAUAAAUUACAGCUUGAAGCUGCUUUGCUAUCAAGACCGGUGUCCUUUUCCC